GUCCUGGGUGGCUGCUGACUGAAAACCUGGGUGGCUGCUGCUGAGUUGUUCCACGACCAUGGCGGAGGAGCUGCAGGACCUCAGAGAGCAAGUGCGACAGCUGCGAGAGGAUAAGAGGCGACUCCAGGAGGAGGUCGCGGCGCGGGCAGGAGCACAGCCGGGUCCGAGUGCCCCCAGGACAAUGAUGAACACUGCCCCCCCUGAACGCAUCAUCUACCUCCCACGAGAGAGGAAGUGCCCUAUGUUUCGGGGUACUCAUGGUAUUGGGGUAGAUGAGUGGGUGGAUGAGCUGGAGCACAUCGUCCGGCUGAGGGAAGAGCUGGACCGAGAGCGUGAGGAGAGGAGGUACUUCCAGCUGGAGCGGGACAGGAUCCAGGCCUUCUGGGAGAUCAGCAAGAGGACUGCGGAGGCGGUGCAGGCCGAGCUGAGGAGGAGGAACCUGGAGAAGGAGGAAGCGGAGGAGCGCCACCACGUGGAGAUCUCUGUCUACAAGCAGAAGCUGAAGCAGGUUCUGUUGGAGCAGCAGAACAACGUCACCGGGAAGCUGAACGCUGUGAACACGCCCUCUGCAGUCCAGAACGGACACACCGAGUCCUCGCUGGAUCUCCAAAGAGACGGUGAAGCCCCGAAUGGAGUGCUCAGGGAGAAGAAGUUCCACGAAAUGAAUCUGAAGGAGCUGAAGCUGAAACACCAGGUGGAGUUAAUGGAGCUGACCAACGAGUACGAGCGCAGAAUCCGAGACUUGGAGGUGAAACAUCACGAGAGGAUACGCUCUCUGAUCCGCACUGAGGAGAAGAGGCGGAGGAUGGAGAUGGAGGAGGUGGAGAAGCAGAUGAGGAGUUGUGUGGUGGACGUGAAAGAGGAGCAGGAGCGAGCACUGCGGGGAGCGGAGGAGCGUUACUCUGCUGCUCAGACCAGGCUGCUGACGGAGCACGAGCAGCUGAAGAAGCAGCUGCAGGAGGCGCAGCAGGAGAACAAACAUCUGACUGAAAGUCUGAGAGACGCACAAUCUAAACUUCCUGAACUGCAAACACAGCUGAAGCAAUACAACCAGAACCAGGCUGCUGCAACUAGAUGUCGAGCUCGUCUGAAGUUGGUUGAAGUGGAGCUCAAAGAACUGAAGAAGGAACAUGAAAUAAUGCUGCAGGCCUUCAGGAAGGUGCAGCAGGAGCGUGACGAGCUGCUCAGGUCUCAGCAGUCUCAGGUGUUUGAGCUGCAGCAGCGUCGCAGCCUGAAGGAGCUGCUGCUUCAGUCCAAACUCUCCUCUCUCACACACACGCUGCAGCGGACGCAGCAGGAGCCGAGUGUGUGUGCGAGCAACACACCACACCAACCGGCUGACGCGCAGCCGCAGGAGGCCGCAGAGACGCGGCUGGACACACUCUGACGAGAGACCACCAGCCACCAUCUCUCAGAAACACUUUACCACAGACUGUUACCAUGGUUGCCAUGGCGGAGGAGAUGCUUCCUGGUUGGACAUAAAACAUCUCAGAUUUUUCAAGUUUGUCAGCCGGUUUUUAUGCCAUUUCCAUGGUGAUGCUCGGCCGUCUGACGGUCUGAAUAUUUUUCGCUGACUUAAUAAAAUGUUAUAUUUUGAUAACUUCUA